GAUCCGCCCGCCUUGGCCUCCCCAAGUGCUGUGGUUACAGGCGUGAGCCACCGCGCCUGGCCAAUGUCAGUUCUUUUUGAGACCUUGACCAUUACACUGAAUCCAUUACACUGAAGUUUCUUGAGACUGUACCAUGAUUGGGGUGGGAAAUAAAUGUUGUGUGCAGUUUUGGAUUUGGAGAACUUUGUGGGAGUGAAGAGUCAAGAAGGAUGCUUUUAAAAGCAUAACUCUUCUAUCUAUUUUUUAAUAACAGCUGACGUUGCAAUUCAUGGGAACAAUGAAUUUUGUCUUUUCUGAAACUUAGUAACCACUUGGUCUGUCAACAAUUAUUUGAGUAGUCUACUGGGCAGGCAAUAAAGCAGUGAUCAAUAGAUUUGGAGAUGGAUAAAACAGUUGGUUUUCUCUCACUCCCCUCCUUUAGGGAGGGAAAGGUAUAUAUGAGACAGUGAUUAAGAGCAUUAAAUGAGGGAGGCAGGCGGUGUCAGAGUGCCUUGUUUGAACAUGGGUCCAGCUGACUGUGUGUUUCUUUGAGUAUAUGACCUCCUGAGCCCAGGUUCCUUAUCAUCCCAUGGGGCAGUAAUCACUCUCCUGCCCACCUUACCGGGAGGAAGUGGAUGUGACCUGAAUUAUGAGUUGUAAAGACUGAACACUGGAAAUGAUUGCCACUGAUAGAGAAAGGGUGUAAGAGUGGCCCUUUUGGAGUGCAGAGGACACCAGGAGCCUCAGGCUCAUGACUGUCCUCAUUUGGUUCUCCUCCCCUCCUUGUGUACCAAUCACCCAAGGAAGGUGAUUCAUUAGACUUCAUUAGACAUACUUCCCAGUUCAGUUUCUCUCUUAGCUCAGAGUAAACAAGUGACUCUCUGUUCAGAACUGAAUGAAUUGCAUCUGGUACUUUUAGUCCUUGCAUCUUACAGUGAAGAUUAAAUGGUACUCUGGAGGUUUGGCAAGAUGAGACUCACUUCAUCACCAGAGAAGAAUGGAGUCACUUGGGAGGGAGCACCCGUUCUGGUAUGAAAUUUCUCCUGAUCACAAGUGCUUGUGAAAAUUAACCUUUUGCAUACUCUCAUCCUUCUCAAGGAAAGGCUGAAUUGCUUCUCAAGUUUGGUCCUGCCACCUUGGGUGAGAAUUCUGGUUUUGUUGCAAAGCUAGAGCUCAGAAACAAGAAAGUACAAGUCCAUUUUUCUUGGAGGAAGAGGGCAGGCAGCUCAGCUUACAUGAGCAUCUGAUCCAGCAGUCCAUAGCUCCCUGUGUGGGAAGUGUCCCCUUAGCUGUGGAACCCAGGUAGGUAGGUGAACACCUCACCUCGUGACUGCCACACCUUAUGACUGCCCAUUAGCUGCUGCGUCCCCUCUCCUCCUUCUCUUUUCUUCUCUCUUUCUGGAGGAAUAGUCUAGUUUGGUUUGGAGAUGAACCUCUGGCCUGGGAAGAUCUCUUUCAAAUAAGAUUAUGCCCAUCUGUGGCUUAAGAAGUUACUCAUUCACCAAGACACAUGCUUGUGUCUAGAAGUAAUACCAUCAUGUUACCACAAUAAUAUUAAGUAGAGCAUAUAUAACUGCCAUUUUUGUAAAUAAAAUCAGGAAACUGUAGCCAUUUCAUAUGGUAAUUCCCAGUAACUCUUGAGAAUCUGAGUUGUGAUUUCUGUCAUGUAGACAAGUAUGAUGGACCGAAUAUUCAUUUAAUUUCCCUACCAAAUUCAUGUGUUGAAGCCCUAACCCCCACAGUGAUGGUAUUUGGAGAUGGGGUCUAUGGGAGGCAGUUAGGGUUAGAUGAGGUCAAGAGGGUCGGACCUUCACGAUGGUCUUAGUGCCCUUAUAAGAAGGGACACCAGGGAGCUUGCUCUCUUUUUCUCCCCUUUAUGCACAAAGAAGAGGUCGUGUGAGCAUGCAGGGAAAUGGUGGCCACCGCAAGCCAAGAGAAGAGGCCUCAGAGUGAAACCUGCCUCAGUGGCACCUUGAUCUUGGACUUCCCAGCUCCAGAACUAUGCACCCACUGGGCCUAUGUAAUAACAAUGACGAAGAGGACUUGUAUGAAUAUGGCUGGGUAGGAGUGGUGAAGCUGGAACAGCCAGAAUUGGACCCGAAACCAUGCCUCACUGUCCUAGGCAAGGCCAAGCGAGCGGUACAGCGGGGAGCUACUGCAGUCAUCUUUGAUGUGUCUGAAAACCCAGAAGCUAUUGACCAGCUGAACCAGGGCUCGGAAGACCCACUCAAGAGGCCGGUGGUGUAUGUAAAGGGUGCAGAUGCCAUUAAGCUGAUGAACAUCGUCAACAAGCAGAAAGUGGCUCGAGCAAGGAUCCAGCACCGCCCUCCUCGACAACCCACUGAAUACUUUGACAUGGGGAUCUUCCUGGCUUUCUUCGUCGUGGUCUCCUUGGUCUGCCUCAUCCUUCUUGUCAAAAUCAAGCUGAAGCAGCGACGCAGUCAGAAUUCCAUGAACAGGCUGGCUGUGCAGGCUCUGGAGAAGAUGGAAACCAGAAAGUUCAACUCCAAGAGCAAGGGACGCCGGGAGGGGAGCUGUGGGGCCCUGGACACACUCAGCAGCAGCUCCACAUCCGACUGUGCCAUCUGUCUGGAGAAGUACAUUGAUGGAGAGGAGCUGCGGGUCAUCCCCUGUACUCACCGGUUUCACAGGAAGUGCGUGGACCCCUGGCUGCUGCAGCACCACACCUGCCCCCACUGUCGGCACAACAUCAUAGAACAAAAGGGAAACCCAAGUGCCGUGUGUGUGGAGACCAGCAACCUUUCACGUGGUCGGCAGCAGAGGGUGACCCUGCCGGUGCAUUACCCCGGCCGCGUGCACAGGACCAACGCCAUCCCAGCCUACCCAACGAGGACAAGCAUGGACUCCCACGGCAACCCCGUCACCUUGCUGACCGUGGACCGGAACGGGGAGCAGAGCCUUUAUUCCCCGCAGACCCCCGCCUACAUCCGCAGCUACCCACCCCUCCACCUGGACCACAGCCUGGCCGCUCACCGCUGCGGCCUGGAGCACCGGGCCUACUCUCCAGCCCACCCCUUCCGCAGGCCCAAGUUGAGCGGCCGCAGCUUCUCCAAGGCAGCUUGCUUCUCCCAGUAUGAGACCAUGUACCAGCACUACUACUUCCAGGGCCUCAGCUACCCGGAGCAGGAGGGGCAGUCCCCGCCUAGCCUCACGCCCCGGGGCCCGGCCCGUGCCUUUCCUCCCAGCGCCUUUCCUCCCGGCGGCAGUGGCAGCCUGCUCUUCCCCACAGUGGUGCACGUGGCCCCGCCCUCCCACUCCCACCUGGAGAGCGGCAGCACGUCCAGCUUCAGCUGCUAUCACGGCCACCGCUCGGUGUGCAGUGGCUACCUGGCCGACUGCCCGGGCAGCGACAGCAGCAGCAGCAGCAGCUCCGGCCAGUGCCAUUGUUCCUCCAGUGACUCUGUGGUAGACUGCACUGAGGUCAGCAACCAGGGCGUGUACGGGAGCUGCUCCACCUUCCGCAGCUCCCUCAGCAGCGACUAUGACCCCUUCAUCUACCGCAGCCGGAGCCCCUGUCGUGCCAGUGAGGCGGGGGGCUCGGGCAGCUCGGGCCGGGGGCCUGCCGUGUGCUUCGAGGGCUCCCCUCCCCCCGAGGAGCUCCCGGUGGUGCACAGUCAUGGUGCUGGGCGGGGCGAGCCUUGGCCGGGCCCUGCCUCUCCCUCGGGGGAUCAGGUGUCCACCUGCAGCCUGGAGAUGAACUACAGCAGCAACUCCUCCCUGGAGCACAGGGGGCCCAAUAGCUCUACCUCAGAAGUGGGGCUCGAGGCUUCUCCUGGGGCCGCCCCGGACCUCAGGAGGACCUGGAAGGGGGGCCACGAGGGGCCGUCGUGUGCCUGCUGCUGCGAGCCCCAACCCUCCCCACCCGGACCUAGUGCCGGAGCAGCUGGCAGCAGCACCUUGUUCCUGGGGCCCCACCUUUACGAGGGCUCCGGCCCGGCGGGUGGGGAGCCCCAGUCAGGAAGCUCCCAGGGCCUGUACGGCCUUCACCCUGACCAUUUGCCCAGGACAGAUGGGGUGAAAUACGAGGGCCUGCCCUGCUGCUUCUAUGAAGAGAAGCAGGUGGCCCGUGGCGGCGGAGGGGGCAGCGGCUGCUACACUGAGGACUACUCGGUGAGUGUGCAGUACACGCUCACCGAGGAGCCCCCGCCCGGCUGCUACCCCGGGGCCCGGGACCUGAGCCAGCGCAUCCCCAUCAUUCCGGAGGAUGUGGACUGUGACCUGGGCCUGCCCUCGGACUGCCAAGGGACCCACAGCCUCGGCUCCUGGGGUGGGACGCGGGGCCCGGACACCCCACGGCCCCAUAGGGGCCUGGGAGCAACCCGGGAAGAGGAGCGGGCUCUGUGCUGCCAGGCUAGGGCCCUGCUGCGGCCUGGCUGCCCUCCGGAGGAGGCGGGUGCUGCCAGGGCCAGCUUCCCUAAUGCCCUUCAGGACACUCAGGAGUCCAGCGCCACGGCCACUGAGGCUGCAGGACCGAGAUCUCGCUCAGCAGACAGCAGCAGCACCGGAGCCUGAGCUCAGGAGGAACUCUUAACCUGGAAAUGGGGAACUGUAUGGAGACUCCAAACUGACUUCCUUCAAAAAACAAAAACAAAAAAAUUUUUUAGCUUUGACAAACACACAAAAGUGGUAAUAAAGAGAGCCCUCCUUGUCAACCCAAAAUGUGAGCCCCCUGUGGCAAAACCACCCCCUACCCCAUUAACAAAUCAACAGACAAAAUUCUCCGAGUCCUUUGCCUCUUUUGAUAACAUGUUGUUGUUCUGUUUUGUAAAGUGUGUGUGCUUGGGGUUCUGAGGUGUGGGAUUGAGUUCUCUGCUUUUUUUUUUUUUUUUAAGAUAUUGUAUGUAAAUGUAAAAAGUUAUUUAAAUAUAUAUUUUAAAGAACCCUAACCGCCAACUUUUGCUGAAAAAGAAAAAAAAAUCACUGCUGCAUUAAAUGACCACAUCAUGUGUAGAUACUGUUGUCUCCCUGGAGGGAGCUCAGGCCUUUGAAAAGCUCAGGGCUUCACCUGCCUUAGAAAAUGAACCAGAAACUUGAAGUAAAGCUAGUUGAUAUGGGUACAGGCUCUGAGUGCAAAGCUGCCUCUUUCUUUCUCGUGGCAAAUGCCAAUGUAUACUAUUUCAGGUCUCAGAUGCCGUGCCCCUCCAGCCCACGCCUUUAGGCAGGUGAUGGCAGCAGCUAGGAAUAGGGUGUACAUGAUCUGCAGCCCUGCGGAGCCAGGUCAAGCCGCUGCUACGAAAGCUCCAGGGUGAUGGGGACAAUUCUGCCCAGUGCCCUCAAUCUGUCCCCUCAGGUCAUGGUCCCAAGUGAAACAACAGAGUUCACAGCCCUGGUCUUGGCUGAGGUCCAGGUCAUAGUAAGGGCAUGUUCUUGGGACCCUCAACCUGAACUCUGACCCUCAGGGCAGGGAAGAGGAGGCUGUCCCCUUUGGUUGUCCUGACUUUGGAGUCCUUUGCAAAAAUGUUUUGGGCUCCCUGCCACUGGCUGCAGAAAUGGCUCGACGGGGUGUGUGGGGACAGACACCCAGAAGGAAUGUACUUUUGUGGCCUUGGUGUCCAACGGGGCUGGGGGAGAGUGCUCCCCACUGACCCAGCGGCACACCGAUGUGCAGUGCGCAUGCGUCUGUGUGGGGGCAGCCGCACCCCUCGGCUGCUGCUUCCUUGGGCUGCCUUUCUAGGGGCAUGUGCCUGGACCUACGAGGUCUGCACUGAGCUCCAUUUGAAUGAUACCUUCCCCAUCCCGUUUCCCCAUGGAAGCACCGCUUCAGGGUUAUUCAGUCCUCUGCCUCAUGGCUGAAACUGCUCAUCUCGUCUGCAGAUGUCUACUAUCCUGUCUACCUAAUGCACUAUUAUGUAUUGAUUCUCCAUGAGACAGAGAGAGAGACUAUCAGAUAGUUUACACCCAAAGGGUAGGUUUUUGUAUAUUUUUCCAGCCUUUUUUAUUAAGGGGAAGGGGAGAGUUUAAAAGCCCAAACCGUUGUGGUUUUAAGGUGUUUCAUUUUUAAAAGGGAGAGAGAAUCUAUUUAAAGCUAUUUCAGAUCAGGGAUUGUCAUCCUUUUUGUCCAAUGUAUUCCUUGUUCUUUAAAAAAAAAAUUUUUUAGAGGGAACUAAUCAUAUUAGUCCUUGUGUUCACUAACUCUUCUGGUCACUUGUAUUUAUUCAUUCAUUCAUCAGAUAUUUGUUGCCAUCUGAAAGAACUGGCCCAUUGGGUCUGAAAGCUCGCUUGAGAAUAGGAAACUUGAGACCUGGCCCCCUGUGGGUAGGAGAACAAGGACCACCUGGAUUGCCAGGUGAUGGUGCUGGUCUUUCUCCAGUCUUGAAUGAGAAUCUCACUCUAUCAGAAUGUUUUUCUUAACCUCAGUGUAUGAUGAGGAAAUUUACUUAUCUCUAGCUAGGAUUUGACAUCUAUUCCAACAUCAAAUGAUCAAAACAUUUGCCAUUGAGGCUUCACUGGUGAGAUCCGUCCUCCAUCCUCGGGUGCAGUCCCUUGAGGGCUUCUCCUCGGACUGUGCCCCGCACACCUGUUACCGAGGGUGUGAGAAGCGCCUAAGCUGGUGACAUGUGAUCUGGGACGCCUUCAUUUCUCGGGCCAGGAGUAGCAGCUGCUAAGGACAACAGCUUGCAUUACAUGGUUUUAAGGAAGCGGGAUCUGACUUUUAAUAUGAACUGCAAAAAGCAGCUUCUCAUUGAGAUUUUGUUGUUGUUGUUUGUGGGGGGUUUUUUGUUUUGUUUUGUUUUUAAUGCCUUUGAGUGCAUAUUUUCUUCCUCGUCUGAAACCGAACUCCCAAAGUGGCUUUCUUUAGCCCUGGCUGGAAAACCACCCCUCAAUAGCCUUAAGCAAUAAAUAGAUGAGUACGGAAUGUGGCUUCCACUGGGCUUAUUAAAAUAAGUGUGUCUAGUUUUCACUUGAACCAGUGAUAACCGCAGAUGGCAAAAGAAACCCAUUUAAUUUUUGUAGCUUACAGGUGGUAGAAACAGAAAUGCAAUUUUAAAACCUUAAAUACCAAAUACCAACCAUUGUCUUUGUUUGUUUGUUUGUUUGUUUGUUUUUUGAGACGGAGUUUCGCUCUUGUUGCCCAGGGUGGAGUGCAGUGGCGCAAUCUCAGCUUACAGCAACUUCCGCCUCCCGAGUCCAAGUGAUUCUUCUGCCUCAGCCUCCCAAGUAGCUGGGAUUACAGGCAUGCACCACCAUGCCCGACUAAUUUUGUAUUUUUAGUAGAGACGAGGUUUCUCCAUGUUGGUCAGGCUAGUCUUGAAUUCCCGACCUCAGGUGAUCCACCCGCCUCGGCCUCCCAAAGUGCUGGAAUUACAGAUGUGAGCCACCGCGCUGGUAACACCAACGAUUGUCUUUUAAAUUUGUGUUCGCCUCUCAGACAGGGAGAUCACCAGAACAAAAUAACCAAUGGUCUUAUUUUUUUCACACAUAAAUCAAAAGAAAUGUCCUCUUUGAAGUUUUAAGAUUCCACCAAUGACAGAUACCCUUUUAGGUGGACUCUUGAGUGGUUUGUAGUGGUUUUAUAGCCAUGGAAACUGGGAGUAUCUCAUUUUCUGCUGAGAACCUCUGCCCCCAAUCCCUCUAAGUUGGGGUGUGACAGUUGGGCAUGGUUAAGUGACCCAGCCCUGGGUGUAGGACAGCCAUGUACGGUGAAGAGUUCUAGAACCAGCUAAACGUGGAAGUUUGGGUAUUUACCAACAAGGUACCUCUUUACGGAUGCAGCCCCAGUAAACUGGCUUUAACCUCAGCUCCUUCCCCAUCUCCUCCUAAACCCAAGCCCUUUUAUAAAAUAAAGCCCCAUCUGUCCCACUGCUCACAUAUUAUGUGCUGCUAGUCUCUACUCGAAGUUUGUGCAGGACUAAUGCUUUUAAAAUGAGGUCUAAAAAAAAAUUACUAAUCGAGAAUAUUAUUCUUUAAACAGAACUGCCUUUUUCUACUCUUUAUGUGAACUCUUUCUAUUGUGUUGGUCUAACAGGGCACUAUUUUAAAAUUUUUUAAUUUCUCCCAUAGCACUUAAAAGAGAUUUUGUAAAGACUUUGCUGUAAAGAUUUUGUAAUAAAAUGGUCUAAGGGCUCUUUUUCCAACAUUACCAUUUUUUAAAAAUGUUUUAAAAGCUAGAAAACAACUUAUGUAUAUUCUGUAUAUGUAUAGCAGCACAUUUCAUUUAUGGAAAUAUGUUCUCAGAAUAUUUAUUUACUAAUAUAUUUAUCUUAAGCCAUGUCUUAUGUUGAGAGUGUGACAUUGUUGGAAUAAUCAUUGAAAAUGACUAACACAAGACCCUGUAAAUACAUGAUAAUUGCACACAGAUUUUACAUAUUUGCAGACCAAAAAUGAUUUAAAACAAGUUGUAGUCUUCUAUGGUUUUGUAACAAAUUGUACAAAUGACUGUAAAAAAAAUACAAUUUUAUCAAGUAUGUGUUA